CUGCUUCAACGAUGACUAAUAUUGGGAAACCAAAGUUGAUGAUGCGGACACAAAAUGUCGGUCGGUCUUUUAAUCAUUAUACCUUUUUAAUAUCAAGAAAUAACGUUCGGACUGAAAAUGCGAAAGUUAUCUAUUCAAUGGAUCGCAUAAACUAGCUGUUACAAUUAAUUGUUGUCUCCCUGGACGCCUCAUACAUGUACAGAUCGGUCAGAUGUGGUCGUUUACUGGUAUAAUACAAUCUACAUGUAAUUACAAGAUGCAAGAAACUAUGUGCUCAGUUUGCAGAUGUAUGUUGGUUUAUUGCAAUAUACUGAUAAAUUACAGUAGUGCUUCUACAUUUCAUUUUUUUUAAGAGUUUGAAAUUGUGUUGUGCGCUAGAUGCACAGUAACAGAUGAGAAAAUGGGUAACAAACAAAUAAAAUCUACUGAAAUGCAAAGGAAUGACUUAAAUUUAUAUUUUUCGCACGUUUUAGAAACAAAGCUACGAUUUCAUAGAUCAGACCAAGAAGUUCAUGAUAUCCAAACUGCUGUAAAUGUUAUGGUAGAAAGAAUAGCAUGUACACUCGGCAAACAACAUGGACAUUUGAAGAUAUUAAGAGUGGUAAGUGUAGGCAGUAUGAGAGAAGGUACGAAAAUACGGGAGCCAGACGAAUUUGAUUUUAUUCUAGUUCUUGAACAUCUUUCUAGACCCGGGGCCAUAGAUGUCGUUGGGGAAAACGAACAUGGGAGUGGAUAUAAGCACGUGAUCGUCAAGGAUGAAACAUUAAGAUCACAAUGGAGUCAUUGCUUAAAUAAUAAUUUAAUUAAAGGUACAAUGGGUUCAGGAAUCUCGUAUUUCUUUUAUUGGAUGUUCGGCUAUGAUGUCGGCUUAAGGCAGGAGUUUUAUAAACAAUUAAAAAACGUACUUGCCACUGUUAUGAAAAAUGAGGGAACGUGCGUCAUGGAGUCUGGAGUGUUAAGUCUUAGAAAGGCGUCCUUGGUACGACACGGACCAGCUUUUACGGUGGCAUUCCGUUGGAAGCCGAUUGAUGAACAGAGUAAAGACUUGAAAAUCUGCGUUGAUCUUACCCCUGCUAUACAGCUCGAACUAUCGGAGGAAAUAUUAGAGGAAUCUCAGGUCUAUGACCAGCGAUUUUAUCAAGCAUUGAAAAACACAAAUAGGUAUAUGAUUGUCCCAUGUAAUAGGGCGGCCUCAUGCUGGGAUGGACUCUGCUUCCGGUUGACUUUUACUGAAACAGAGGUUCAGUUAUUGAGUACAAAUAAAUACGAAUAUAUAAGUAACUGUCCACGUUUUCAAGACUACACAUGGUUAUUCUCCGACUCUGUUCUUUCGCAUCACAUUCGUUGUUACAAAGUGAUGAAAUAUAUUUUUGGAAGUGACAGUCCAAUACAAGAUAGAGGUGUUUAAAUCAUAUACAUUGAAGACCUUCCUUUUAAAACAUAUGUGUGAAUGUACAAGAAAGGACGAUAUUGCAGCGUGUGUGAUGGACUUAUCGAAUGACAGUAUAAAUGCAAUGAGCGACAUUCGUGGAAAUAUGUUACAUAUAUCACAUAUGUUUAUAACAGAACUCAAUAUCGUUCACAAGAAAAGGCUAAGCUCGCCGGCAAAAUAUUUCAAACAAGCUAUCAAAAAUAUGAUAACGUCCCUUGUUGGAAUAGGGAAAGCGAACGACUACAAAACAGGACAAGUCAGGAAAGUAAAUAGAACAAUCCGACAAUUUCAGUCACAGCCUACACCUGGAAUCAUGCCUAUAACAAUGAAGUAAAUAUCGUCAUAGCACACAGCCUACACCUGGAAUGAUCAUGCCUAUAACAAUGAAGUAAAUAUGGUUAUAGCACACAGCCUAUCAUGCCUACAUCAAUGAAGAAAAUAUCGUUAUAGCACAAAGCCUACACCUGGAAUGAUCAUGCCUAUAACAAUGAAGUAAAUAUGGUUAUAGCACACAGCCUAUCAUGCCUACAUCAAUGAAGAAAAUAUCGUUAUAGCACACAGCCUACACCUGGAAUGAUCAUGCCUAUAACAAUGAAGUAAAUAUGGUUAUAGCACACAGCCUAUCAUGCCUACAUCAAUGAAGUAAAUAUCGUUAUAGCACAAAGCCUACACCUGGACUGAUCAUGCCUAUACAAUGAAGUAAAUAUGUUUAUAGCACACAGCCUAUCAUGCCUACAUCAAUGAAGAAAAUAUCGUUAAUAGCACACAGCCUACACCUGGAAUGAUCAUGCCUAUAACAAUGAAGUAAAUAUGG